GCCAGUUUUCUGCACUUGGAACACAGACUUUGCCCAAGCUGGAGAUGUUCAAGAAGGGACACCACAUGACGAAGACUGAGAGAACCCAUCCCUCCACCGUCAUCAACAUUCACAGCGAUUCCACUGUGCCCGACCAUGUGGUCUGGUCCCUCUUCAACACGCUGUUCUUCAACUGGUGUUGCCUGGGCUUCGUGGCGUAUGCCUACUCGGUGAAGUCAAGGGACAGGAAGAUGGUAGGUGACGUGGUUGGAGCCCAGGCCUACGCAUCCACCGCCAAGUGCCUGAACAUCUGUGCCCUGGUGAUCAGCAUCCUUUUCUUCGUGGCGACCAUUGUCAUCAUUGUGCUCAACAUAGCAGCCAUUGCCCAGGCAAUUCCUCGUUAGAGGAGGAGCCUCGCCAGGCCUGCAGUGCACACCUGUGCUGGCAGCCCGCCCCUC